AUCUUGAAGUAAUUUACAAGUGUUGUCGGCUCAUGUUUUGUCGCUGGGCGGCGUGCUUCAAUCAGCCCUACACUCGGUACGAAGAGAUAUGUAUGACAGUUGUUGAGAGAGAAGAAGCUCUGUUAUAUAGCGUGAAGGGUUUUAACGUCUGAGUUCUAAAAUCAUUGCCUACAUUCGUUCAAUUUUACCCUGUUUCUUGGAUUAACCGUACUACAUACCAAUGCUCCUUUGAACCAUAGUUUGGAUUAUUUUGCUGUUAUUCAACGAUGAAUUCCUCACAGUAUAUGCAUUAUCAUGCGGAUUAUUUACACCCAUUACCCACAACAUUAGACGUUAAAAAGAGUCCACUGGCACUUUUGGCCCAGACGUGCAGUAGCAUUGGUAAAGAUGUACCUCCACCCAAAGCUAACGGUGUCCCCCAAGACAGAAAAGAUGCUGAUAAAGGGGACAAACCUAUCAGUCUAGAAAAGAAAGUGCAUACUUCCCCCAGUGUGAAGAAAGAACACCCCAAAGAAGGUGACAAACCUGGAUUCAGAACUGUUCCGCCUAAGGAUAUUCCCCCACUUGUUCCAAUCCCGAACGAUACUUGUGAUAGCCCUACACGUGAUCAAAAGAUGAGAGAACCCAGCCCAAUUGUACAUUCUCGGCCAGUUUCCACUGGCAGUAAAAGUUCACCGGUCACUACUCCAACAUGGUCUCAGUCGAGGGAAAAAGAAAUUCAUGAUCAUCAUUCCAGAAUUGCAACAUCGACUCCUAUACAUAGCAAAUCUGCCACGCUUCCACCUUCAUAUUCCCAAGCAAGUAUGUCAUAUGGGAGUAUUAAACCAAGCAACCAUCCUCUGUACAGUGGAUUACAUGCGUCUUCGCCGCUAGGUUAUCCCGGUUUAUCUUUACAUGGAAUAUCACCAGAAGCUGCUGCUGUUUACCAGUCCCAACUUUUAGCACAUUCGGGUCUACAUGUACAAGGACUCUCUGCUGCGUCAGCUGCAGCUGCAGCUGCCCAACAAUCAGCUUUAAAAGCCAGUGCUGCUGCAGCUGCCUCAAUGAACCCUUAUGUGAGUUAUACUCGUGUUAGAACCCCAUCAGGUGCUACAACUCUAGUACCAGUGUGUAAAGAUCCCUACUGUACAAAUUGUCAAUUAACUGUUCAAACAUCCCAUACUUCAGCAACUUGUACAACCCCAGGAUGUUCACAGUGUGCUCAUGAAAAAGCUUUAUUAGGACUAGCUGCUGGUUCACAGGGCAUGGGACUCCAUGGAAAUCAUUUGUCGUUUUAUCCACAACUUUCAUCUUUACAAUCUAGUGCUGCAGGACUUUCACCUUUACAUUCCUUUUAUGCUCAUCCCCAUAGUGCUUUAAGUGCCCAUCAAGGACUACCAUAUGUGUGUAACUGGGUUUCAGGACAUGAUUAUUGUGGUAAACGAUUUAAUUCUUCAGAAGAACUCAUGCAACAUUUAAGAAGUCAUACAUCGAGUAUUGAAUCAGGUUUACCAGCUGGUUAUGGACUGGGUUUAUCUUCAGCUCUAUCAGCUGCUUCUGCAAGUUUGGCUCAUUUGGGAGGCUCUGCACCCAUUAGUCCCAACGCGUUACGCAGAGCCUAUCCCACAAGUCUAAGUCCUGGAUUAAUGGCUAGCCGUUAUCACCCAUACAAGUCCCCUCUUGGAAGUGUAGCUGCUCCCCCAUCAGCUCAACAAUUCCCUCCAUUGAGUGCUUACUACCCACCCUAUUCAUCUCUGUACGGACCGAGAUUAGGAGCCGCCGUUCCUUGAGCUGUUACUAAUUAACUAUAUCAUCUAUGUUAUGUGCCAUAUUACACCUAAAGCUUACAUCUAUCUACACGUCAUAGAAGAGUUGUUAUGUUAAAAGUGUUUUUUUGAAAUCAAAUAUUUAUAUAACUUUAAAAUGAUUAUUUAUGAGACAAAGAAAGCUAUUUAAUAAUGUGAUGCAGGACUAUUUACACUCUUGUUGUCUUGAAGAAAUCUAUGUAGACAAUAAAUGGUGCUGUCCCAGUAAAAACUAUAAAUUAUGUAUUAUAGAUAUAUAAUAUGUAUAGUUGAGAUGUUUUGUAUAUGUUUGAAAAGUUUUUAUUAAAUUCUAUUUGAAAAUUUAAGCCAUUAAAUCUAGAUUAUUUUA